GGCAGCUGUCAAGAAGCGCUUCAGUGACGUCGAGACCAACCCACUGUACUUCAUCUCCACCAUACUUGACCCAAGGUAUAAAGAUCGCUUCUUCUCCAACAACACUGCUCCGGAGGCCAAGCUGCACCUGAAGCAGGAGCUGCAGAUGAUGUCCAGAGCUGAGGCAGAGGGGAGUCGGGCAGAAGCUGCAGAACCUCCUGCUAAACUGUUCCUCAAGGCCCAGGCCAGCACUAGCAGCAGUCUGGACACUGUAUUUGAAGAAAUCGCUAAGGAGCAGCCCCAGGCAGCACAGCCGCUGGCAGCAGGUGCUGCCAUUGAGCUCGACACAUACCUCGGAGAGGCCCCAAGCCCUCGUGAAGACAGUCCUCUGAAGUACUGGGGUGUCAACAAAAUCAGGUUCCCCACUUUGGCUAAAAUGGCCCGUAAAUACCUCUCAGCCCCAUGUAGCAGUGUGGAAAGUGAAAGGCUUUUUAGCUCAGUGUCACACAUUAUAGAUGAAAACAGAAACAGGCUGACUGCUGAUAAUGCAGAAAAGCUACUUUUCUUAAAAAAAAACCUGCCACUCACUUUUUCUAAAUAGGCUCCAUUAAGUGAGUCGUCUUAGACUUGAUGUUAAUACCUACCUCAGUUGCACUGACUGCCACAGUUCUAUGUUGGUGGAUGUUGUUAGUUUAUUCAAAUAUUGUGCACUAAAUAGCAAAGAUGUUUAUUAAUGCCCCUUGUGUUGUCAAAAAAAAGGCAGAGUUUACAACAAACUGAAAAAAAUACUUGAGUUGCACUGUCACUGUUUAAAUUUUUUUUAUAAUUAUUUAUUCUGUAAUAUGUUGCAUACAACAUGCUUUUCAUUUUAAAUAAAUGUUCUUAAUUCCAAACUAGUCCCUUGUUUUUUUGUUAAAUUAUAUGACUAAAGCUGUUACCUGUAAAUCAUGUUUUUAUUAAGUACUUGGUAUCGGUAUCGGCGAGUACUGAAAUGCAAGUACUCGUACUCAUACUCGUUUUCCAAAAAAGUGGUAUCGGUGCAUCCCUAUAAAAAAGCUCAAUUUAACAAGUAGGUAUAACUGCA